AUGAGCAAAACUGUUUUAGACAUACAUGAAAAGGAAAUGGAGUUAAAAAUUGAACCAGAUGAACAAGCAAAGCACACAAUCAAGAUCCUAACAGAUGCAAUGGUGUCGAUGAGUAGAAACCUGCCUCCGCCUCCAGGGACAACGCAACACCAACAAGAGCAGCAGCAAGACCCACAACAUCCAGAGGACCAACAGCAUCAACAGGAGCAAGAACAACGCCGAGAAGUAGACCUCCAGGAUGCACAAAUUUGUGAAUUGUGCGAGAUGGCAUGGAAGGCCGCUGAAAGCAGUCAGGAAGACAGUAACGAGACAACCCAGGAGAAGAACACUGAGGAAGAUAUCACAAGAAGUGUCGAUUUGGAUAAGGAUAUCGAUGAGACUAUCGAAGCAGAAGAAUAUUCAGUACCAUCUGCACUCGACGAAACAAAGAAUCCCACUCUUUCCAUCGAUGAAAUCAUAAGAAGGGCCAGUGCACCAGCUUCAAAAUCAUUAAGUGAUACCAAAAAACUAGAGAUUAUUGCCGCUGUUGCAGAACAAGUUGAGAAGAACUCAAACGUGGUUGAAGCAGUCCCUAUAAGCAUAAUUCCACCCGAUUGGAAUAUUGCUUCUACCAUGGAUGGUUUACUGAUGCUGGAGAAAAAUGAGUGUACCACGCCACCACCUGCAAUCUCAAAGGAAGCUGAUGAGCUUGAUGAAGAGUUAACAAAGACAGUGGAAAAGAUCCUCAAUGAAAAACUUAAGAGGAGAAAUCCAGCAAGAGUCCGCCGGUUGCCUGAACGGUUUAGGUCGCCAUUCAUGCUCCAGAAGAAGAACAAGAAAAAAUUCAUACAGUGGACAGGGGAGAAGAAGAAAAUGACCCAAGAAGAAGUCUUGUUGAUAGACUUCGCUCUAUUACAAAGAGAAGAAGAAAUAGUUAAAUCAGGGAAACUCUUGUUUGAAUUUGGAAAAAUAGUUUGGGCAGACAGGACAAAAUUCUAUUCCAUGAGGGAAGGGGCGUGGAUAGAAAACAACAUCAUAGAUGCUUGGGUUGUCAUCCUUAACAAAGAAGAAGCUAAGAGUGACUCCCCAACACGGAUAUUCUUUGGUGUUUCGUCAUUUGUAAGUCAACUAAACCCUUAUUGUUUAUCCCGCCCUGAGUUGAACUGGUUAUCCAAGCCUUCUUGUUAUGCAUUUUGCUAUGGGAUUGUUUUCGCCUCCCUUCUAUGUGGUGGUUUGUCCAUGAUUCAUUUGCUGGUUAUCCAUCUGUUCUAUACUACUUAUUCACAAGAUCUGAACUGGUUAACCAUUUCUUCUUGUGUGUCAUCUAGGGUACUUUUGGUUGACCUUGAUAAAAUCAGUCGCUACUAUGAACAAGGCUGUAACAAAGACAAAAUGGAGUUCACAUUUUAUGAGAGGCUGGCUCUUGAACUGGAAGAACAAGGCCUUACUGUAGCAUCACUGUUAGCAGCAAAAGCUUUUUGGUUCUUCAAAAGCUACAUUGCAUGCGUGUUUCCAUGCAUAGAACUGGUCAGUACUCAAUACACCUUCACAGAGAUUAAGCUACCAUUGCAUAAGGACAAAACGCCGAAUGGAGAAGAUUGUGGAAUAUACACAAUGCAUCACAUGGAGCGGUAUGAUUGUGGUGAGUACGAGGAUGGUACUACUUUGGAUUUCAACACAGGAAACAUCAAAGACUACAGGUGGAAAAACAUGAUAAGAAUCCUAAUGUACCCAGAUCAUGUUGAUUUGAGCAGUGAAUCUUACUACAAUGACAGAAAAAAUGAUGGAUGGGUUAAAUGA